AGCGCGGUGUCUGUUACCUCAAACAUCAUCAUCAUCAUCAUGCGAAAGAUAACAAAAAUCUCUUAUCUAUUAUAAGAAGCAACAACAUUAUUAAUAUUCCUAGAUUCAAGAGUAGUUUGAUAGAAACGAUACAUAGUACACAUCAAGAUCAUAAUGGGGUGUACAGAAGCAUCUUACUUGUCAAGUUUCUUUAGUGGGCUAUCAUGUAUAAGUUGGAUUUGUGCUCAAUUACCACAGAUCUUUGAGAAUUAUAAGAACAAAUCAGCAGAAGGUAUAUCGCCAACCUUUCUUUUCUUAUGGUUUAUGGGUGAUUUCUUAAGUUUCACUAGUUGUUUAUUGAAUGAUGCUGUUUUAAGUUUCCAAAUAUAUUUAAGUGUGUUUUUCCUUUGCAAUGAUAUAACUUUAUUCUUUCAAUAUUAUUAUUACAACAGUGUAUAUCCUAGAAAGUUCGGUUAUAGACAAGCACCACAAGAACAACAAGUUUCAAAACUGGGCGAAGAACCCAUGGUAUUUGAUGAAGAUGCUAGUAAUGCCGAUAUAUCGGUACAUGCUGACAAUAGUGCACUUCAUAUAAGGCAUGGUGCCACAAACAAAACACAAGAAGAUGAAGAACUGCCGGUAAGUUCUAUGGGUUCCACUCCAAGUAGUUAUAAUUCCAUGGAUGAAGAUAAUAGCAACAUUAAAAGUGGUGGUCGCAAUAUCAAUAGUAAUAAUAGUGGAGGUGGUAAUGCUAUACGGUCAACUAUCAUGGGAGCAAUACUUAAUUCAUCGGUAGGUUCUGCAUUACCAAUCACAACAAACUUGCUUAUGGCAACUGCAAAAACAUCAGAUUCUUCUUCAUCAUCAUAUACUCUGAAAGAGACCUUAGGAUUAAUAUUAGCUUGGGGUUGUACAUGUGUUUACAUUUCUUCAAGAUGUCCUCAAUUAUAUAAAAACUAUUUGAGAAAAUCAGUAGAAGGUAUUUCUCCAUUAUUGUUUGGAGCUGCAUUAUUAGGAAAUUUAACUUAUACACUUUCAAUUUUGACUAGUUGUGAAUUCAUUUAUGGAGAUGAUAAAUCCAAUUUUGUUAUGAAAGAAUUACCAUAUAUAUUAGGUAGUUCAGGUACCAUCAUAUUUGAUAUUGGAUACUUUUACCAAAAGUAUUUAUAUAGAAAUAGUGGUAGAAACACUUCAUUAAUGGUCAUGGAUGACUGGAAUUAAAUAAAAUAAGGAAAAAGAUAUAAAAAGCAUAGUUAAAAAGAACAGGUUUUCAUUUUUGCAUUGAUUAGAACUCAGUUAUCGUUUGAUUUUUGUUACUGUAGCAUAUAUAGAAGUAUAAUAAAAGCUUGAGUUUUACAUUAUAAUCAGUUGAAUGAAGUUCGGCAAAAUUAUUUAGUAGGAUUAUGUAG